GUUUAUAACGUGGCAUCGUCAAACAAAGAUUGACACUGAUGUCGGCGGUUGAUUCAAUAUUGAGAGAGACCGUAAGAUGACAGAUUAUUUACCGUCAGCAAUAGUAACCUUUAUGUUUGUGGUAUUGAUUCCAUGGGGUGUUGAUGUUUGGAUAUUGUCAGACACAAUCAUUACAACGGUUUUCGGUUUAACGAUGAUCUUUUCCCCAAAACAUUUCCUAAGCCGGCAGACAAAAGGCGAGUUAGAUGAUGUCCAUCUACACAUGUACAGAAUGUGUGGUAUUAUGCUUCUCAGUAGUACUAUGUUUGCUUGGCUAGCAAGGAAGUCAAAAGACCAAAACAUUAAAAGUGCUAUACUGUGGGGGAGGGUUGUGGGAGUGUCGCUGUAUGUUAUGGCAAGAGUCCAUGGUUAUUUUCAAGUUUCAAAAUCUAUUAAAUGGAAUAAACAGGCUCUUCUGUUUGGUAUCUAUGGCGACUGUUUAUGGUUGCUUGGAAACUUUGUUUACUCAUUGAAAGUUACAGAUUUGGGAAAGGUGACCACCACUUUAUCUAAAGCUGAUUUUUAUCUGAAGUCUGACUUUGUACAAUGUUUUUUGUUUGGCAUUAGUUUCUUUGUUAUGCCAAGGUUAAUGCUUGGAUUUCAGACUACAAAGACCCUGAAUCAUCUACAUUGUACAUUGAUUAGAAUGAUGGCUGCAUUUGUGUUCAAUACAGGAAUAAUUGCUUGGAAAAGUUUACAGUUUUCAGAAAAUAUUGAUAAAAUUUGGCAUUUUGUGUCAAGGGUUAUGGGAACUAGUGGACUUAUAACAGCACAGAUCUAUGCACAGUUUACAACAUCAUCAUGGACUUUGUGGCAUAUUUACUUUGGCAUGUUUGGAAUGUCCUUAUGGUCAGCAAAUGCUUCCUUUGGCUAUUUUAACCUGAAAAACAUAUUGGAUAAACAUACAAAUAAUGGAUAUCAGAAACAAACAUCGAAACAGGAAUAAAAUGUAAAAUUUUAUUUUCAUAUUUGAGGCUGUGAUUUUUUUAUGAAUACUAAAAUGAACAAAAUUGGUGCAUCUUAAUUUCUGUGUCAUUUGUAUGGUUGUUGUUUAAGUGACCUGUACCCAACAAUUUUCAGAUCAACAGAAAGUGCUGUAUGCUUUAUAUUUCAGCAUGCAACCUUAAGUAUUGAUUUGAGAAAUUAUGUAAAAAAUAUAUUAUACUCUUGUUAUUUAUAAUUAUGUGUACAAUUGUUAACAU